UUAAAGCGCGGCGGCUGCGGGCGGAGGCAGCAGAGACGCAGAGCGCGAGCGCAGCGGGAGGAGCAGCAGCGGAGCAGCAGCCCCGGAUGAGCCCGUGAGGCGCGGAGCAGACCCGGCUCUGCUGGGCGCCGCACGCCGGCUCUCCUCUCCAUCCUUCCCGCCGCGCCACGCCGCGCCCCGCCAUGGUUCUGUGCAAGGUCCGGACGCUGGCGGUCCACUUCGACAGCCUGAACGAGAACAACCUGCCGGUGUUCUCCGGGGGGGACCUGGUGUCCGGCAGGGUGGUGGUGGAGGUCACCGGGGACGUGCGCGUGCAGAGACUGGACAUAACCGCGCGGGGAGUCGCCAAAGUCCGGUGGACGGAGUCCCGGAACGCGGGCGCGAACACGGCGUACACGCAGAACUACACGGAGGAGGUGGAGUACCUGCGGCACUACGACACCCUGAUCGGGGAGGACAGAGAUGAGGACAGCUCAGAGGAGGGAGCGACGGUUCUGCACACCGGCCUGCACGAGUUCGCCUUCAGCUUCAACCUGCCACAAAUGGCUCUGGCCACUUCCUUCGAGGGGAAGCACGGCAGCGUGCGGUACUGGGUGAAAGCUGAGCUGCACCGGCCCUGGAUGAUGCCCGUCAAAGCCAAGAAAGAGUUCAUUGUGUUUGAGCACAUCGACAUCAACACGCCGCUGCUGCUGGCCCCCCAGGCGGGCACAAAGGAGAAGACCCUGUGCUGCUGGUUCUGUGCUUCGGGUCCCAUCUCCCUCAGUGCCAAAAUCGAGAGGAAGGGCUACACUCCAGGCGAGUCCAUUCAGAUUUUCGCGGAGGUGGAGAACUGUUCGUCUCGGGUGGUGGUGCCCAAAGCCGCGCUGUACCAGACCCAGACCUUCUUCGCCAAGGGCAAGGGCAAGCAGAUCCAGCAGCUGGUGUCCAACCUGCGGGGUGACCCUCUGCAGCAGGGCAAGAGCCAGAGCUGGGAGGGCAAACUGCUGAAGAUACCCCCAGUGUCGCCCUCCAUCCUGGACUGCCCCAUCAUCAGAGUGGAGUACGCCCUCGUGGUGUACGUGGACAUUCCUGGGGGGUUGAACCUGUCCCUGUCGUUGCCGUUGGUGAUCGGGACCAUCCCCCUCCACGCCUGCGGCUCCCGGACGUCCAGCAUCAGCAGUAACUGCGGCUCCGUCGGCUGGCUGGGUUUACCAGAGAGACCGGAAGCUCCGCCGAGCUACGGCGACCUGGCAAUAUCAGAGGAGCACAGGCGGGACUGUCUGCAGGGCUGCGAUAGACCCGAGGGGGGGGCCGAGGACCAGACGCUGCUGACGUACAUCACUGAGUUCAGAUAUCUGCCCCCACCACUCUACUCUGAGGUGGACCCCUACCCCGACUCCGUGGAAGCUGCAGACAUCUGCAGACCCGAUGUGUGUCCGUCCCGCUGAGAGGAGCCGGGUCUAGUAGACCCGUGUACAGACCAGACGAAUCGAUGGCGCCCUUGGCUGCCGGGACCAGCCCGCCGACCUCGCCGACCCGGGACCACGCUGAGACACAGACUUGAUGGACCCAGAAGAUCCCGGAUCCACCAAAUCCUGAGCUCACGGACACCUGUGGGGGCGAAACUGAGAAGCUUCCUGCUGGUCAUGGGGAGGGGGGCGACCUACACUCCAUGUGACCCCCCCACCCUCCCCCCACAGACUCUUUAUACUCCAGGCGGAACACGAGGACGGACGAAAGCUAUCUCCAGAUAGUUUGACUUUGCGGCUUCCACCUGAAGGUGGCGCCGUCCCCCACAGGACUUUGGGGGGAACCGCUUGUGGCAGAUUCAUCUCAGAGAAGAGCGCCGCCGCUUCGGGCUGAAGCCGACUGUGUGUGUUUGUGUGAGUCGAACUGAGUGUGUGUCGGUGCGAAUGACCCGCAAAAGCACAAUUGACCAAGUUAACACACCGCAAGUCGCCUGCUCUGUGUGUCGCUGCAGACGCUUCCAUGGCUCCGCCCACAAAGCCGGGCGCUCGCAAAAACAAUAGCAACUAAAGAAAUGUUUACAGAUAAACGUAUCAUCGUCAGAAUGUUCAAACACAACUUCUUCCACCUAAGAAUUUAAAUUACAAAGUGCAAUAUAUUUUUAUAAUAACUGAUUUUUUUGCACUAGUUUUUCAUAUAAUCUGUGCUGUUUAUUCCUUUUCUGUGCAUUAUUAUAUGUAACUGUUAUGAUCAAGUUUUGAUAAAAUAAAGUUUAUUUUAUAAAAUAA